AUGCACUUCCAAUCAAAUUCCAAUCAGCUUCGAUGCCUAGAGAAGCAGAUGGUGUAAAUAGAUUCACAGCCUAUAGAUGUUAGCUACAUACAGAUGAUAGAUCCAUUCAUGGAAACAAAAUAAAUAGUUGGUGAAUUAAGGUUCUAAAUUAAUGAGAUAGAGAAAUUUUAAAUUGAGCUAAACAUUAAUAUUAACGAUGUUCAAAGUUAUUAACUCAGAUUAUACUGCAUGCUAUGGAAUUAAAAUCGCCAGAGAUUUGAGAUUAAAUGGCCAAGAAAACAAAUCAAAUUGAAAAUUGAUGAUUAAUUACAAUAUGUUAGAGCUGAGGGCUUGCCUGUUCAGUACAGUUUAGAUAAAAAGGGCACUAAUGGUAUAUAACCUAUUUUCACUUGCUAAAGUAUACUAAUUGACUUAGAGGUGAUAGAAAAAGAUUUGAAAUCAACAUGUUAAAAAAUAACCCUUUUCACUGAUUUGAGAUUAGAUAAUAAACUUUAUGAGUUUCUCAAACUUAACUCGAGUUUGACAAGACAUGAUAAAAUAUUAUAUAGUUUGAAAGACUAGCAUGUAAUUAUCACUAAAUUUAGUUAAAACCAUUACGAUUAAUUGAAGUCUAGUAAAACUCGAAAAAAGUGCCCUGAUAUUCUAACUAAUAUUAGCAAUUAGCUGAGAGAUGCAGCAAAUUAAGACAGGAGUAUGAUGAUAACAAAAAUGUUUAAUGAAAGUAAGAAAGAAUAAAUUGUAUAGAUAAUAAAAGGAUGCAAAGAGGACAGAAGCUUUAUGAGGUCACUAGAGCUGGGUCAUUAGGAAGAGUUAGCAAACCUAUUUGAAGAGAUAUCAAAGCUUGAGUUGAGUCAAUAUAUAGAUUUCUUAAAUAGUAUUUAUGAUACUACUUUAGAGCUAAUACCACUUGACGUUCCAAUUUAAAAGACUAAAGAUGGACCUACCAAGGAACCACUGUUAGAAAGAUGUAAGGAGUUGUACAAAUAUUACAAGAUAGUAUUCAUUCCUCUAAUGUUCUGGUCAUAGAUAUCAGAGCGAAAUGUGAUUAAGGCUCUAAACUCACUGAAAUUCAUUCAUAAGAUUUCCAAAUCACUUCCUCAUCCAAUACUUAUGGCUUCAACCUACUUUAUAUAUAAGUUUGUUCACAAGAAGGAUAUAAUAUUUGAGUUCGUGUAUGGCAAACUGUUUGGCUAUCACAUCAAGCAAGCCAAUUAUGUCGAGUAAAGUCUGAGAUUCACAUAAUUCAUAGAGAAUAUGCUCUCAGACUUUCCGCAUUUACAUCUGCCAACUGUUACUUUUCAGACUAAAGCUGAGUAAUCUUCAUAUUAUAAGAGACUGACCAGCUUUUAUAUCGGUUUCUUCAGUUGGUUCAAUAUAGUCUUUAUAGCUAACAAGUUCAGAUAGGUCUUUGCUCCUCCGAAUAAACUAGACAUUGCCACACUUGAAGAAAAAGCUUGCUUAAACCUAUUUGUUAAGCAAGUGCUAUUUAGAAUAAUCAAAGGACUUAAGUUGAGUUUAAGUGAAGUGUAAAAGUUUUACGAGAUUUGGGAUACUUUCGGGGCUAUAUUAAAGAUGAAUAAAGGAUAUAAGUAUGGAGAGGUUGGAGAUCAAGUAGCUAGAUUCAAGCAAAUGCUUAGUUUAAAGAGAUAACAGGAGAUUGUUAAAAGUGCAAAAGUCAAGUGA